CCGUAUUAUCUAUCCGUCACCCUGCGCAAUUCCCCGUCCGCAUUUUCGACCUCGUCGUUCAUCAUCUUCUCUCCGCACUCUCUGGAACAUAUCUUCAUCGUCGUUCCCCUCGACGAGAACGUGUUCCAUCGCACAGUCAAUAGUACUCCUAUACUCGCUUAAUCAUCCGGAACGUCUCUUGGUGUUAGUCACGGUCAACAUUGCGUGAUGCCUGCGCUCGUUGUCGAAUCGCCCAUGCUGAAUGGGCACCAUUCCGGGUUGUCAUCAAUCUCAAGCAUGCAUUACAAUGGUCAGAUCCACACCCCUCCUGCUUCUGACCACUCCAGACACGACCAAUCUUCAGCACCGCCAUCUCCCUCGCUGCUGCCAGCUGUACAAUCGCAGCCGCUUCAGAUCCACAAUGGCGUCCCAGGGGAACAGCAGGUGGAUCCCGCUUUGGUCCAUCUGAACCAACAUAAUCCGAACAGUAUCGAUCCUACCCUCACCGAUGGUGUUGGUGGGCAAUCGUUACCCCCUGUCACUUGUGCCAAUUGCAAGACUGACACCACACCGCUGUGGCGUAGAGAUUCAGAUGGAAAGGCAAUCUGCAACGCUUGUGGUCUCUAUUACAAAUCUCGGAAAGUGCCCCGCCCGUCUAACCUCGGUGGACGGUCGACAAGCUCGAAUACGCCCUCUGCCACUCAUCCAAACGUUGUUGCACAGCAACGACAACGGAUGUCCGCUUCACCUCCAGCCAUGCUCACGCCCGCUGCUUCGCCAUCUGAGCAUCAGCAUCAACAGCAGAAACCACUGCAGACUAAUCAAGCAGCGUCGUCAGAUUCAAGUCAGCCGAAGCCGCAUCUGGUAGGAACAUGUCCAGGAGACGGUCGUUGUGACGGUACGGGCGGUACAUCGGCCUGCUCAGGGUGUCCUACAUUUAAUAAUGCAGUCUCAGCCAUUCAUGGGGGCCCCGGUAACGGAGCCCCUGCUCCAUUGCCCCCAAACGGCCUUCCAGCCAGCACCGGGCCUCCUGAGCACCCACAUCCUCAAAUGAUGGAGCCUCCGCAAGCACCUCCUGAACAACAAGGCUCGCCUGUGGUUAGUGGAACUAUACCCAGCGGUCGGUCGAGGAUGCGCAAUGCGGUUGGUGCAUUGAGUUGUGCCAACUGCGGCACCAGUACGACACCUUUGUGGAGACGGGACGAUGUUGGGAAUAACAUCUGUAACGCUUGCGGCCUGUACUUCAAGCUACACGGCACGCACCGACCAAACUCAAUGAAGAAGACAGUGAUAAAACGGCGCAAGAGGGUGCCAGCGGCUCCAGGUGGGUCACCUGUCGCGCAGGAUCGGGUUAUGACAGACCAAGCUGCAGCAGAAGUGCUCGCAAGUGUCGGACGCGCUUCUCUCCCUUCUAUGCCCUCUGGUAGUGGUGCCGCUCCGGCUGGGGGCGCGCCUGGAGCUGCCACGGAGGAGAGUGCAGAAGAUGAGGGAGAGCGUGACUCCGCUCAACAGCCCGCUCGCAAACGCCGUCGGAAGAGCGGUAAGAUGGAGAAGGACAGGGACGAUAUGGAUAUGGAUGACGCAUUUGGUGAGGGUGAAUCUGCGUCGAGAGGUGCGCCUAGAGGAAGACGAGGUGGGAGAGGUGGACGAAGGGCUAGUGGGAGUCAUCAAGCGAAUGCGCCUCCAGAAGUUGCUUGGGGUGGCGUUUCGAUGCCCAUGUCUAUGCAAAUGCCGGGUCCUCCUCCACCCCACCCUCAUGCAGGUGGCGAACCAUCUUCUUCCCCACUUAUGCACGAUAAUCGUGGUCCCCCUCGUCCAGGAAGCGCGUUCGGCCCCGGUCAAGAGAUGGGUGAGAGUCGGUAUGGUGCCGGAGCUCCACGUGGGAUGCCAUUCCCUCCCAAUCCUCAAGGCGGGUUUGACCUACCUUCGAUCAAUGCUGCAUUGGGUGACAACGCGCCUGCUGCGUUGAGAGAAUACGCGGGCGGUGCUGCUGGUUAUCUUCGAUCGGGUUCUGCUGCUGGCUUCCAAGGAGGACCUGGGGGCCCGAGCAGGACACAUUCGCCAUUAGCUGGACCGGGAAUUAGUGCGCCUCCACCUCCUGGACCGUCGUAUGUCCUCCCCCCUCCUCAUCCUCAUCAUACAAUUGGACAUGCUCAUGGACAUUCGUUCUAUGCUCAUCAUCCCAGUACGCCACCACCUCCGCCUGUCCCGACCGUCCACGAGCUGGAGAAUCAUUAUGCACAGUUGGCGGAUCAGAAGAGGUGGAUGGAGGAGAUGCUUGAGAGGACGGAUCGGAUUAUGGCGGGUGUGAAGAGGGGGUUGGAUGAGAUGAAGGCGGCUCAGCAGCAGCAACCUCAACAGCAAUCAACGUCGUCUCAAUCGCAGCAACAGCAGCAGCGGCCUCAGACUCCUCAGACGCCUAAGCAGCAACAUGAAUCGCCAUCCACACAAGGUCCUGCUCAACCACCGGCUCCUCUUGGACGAGGUGAGAGGAAUGCGGCGAGGGAUAGCGUCUGGCCUGUGGCACCCCCGGAAUCAGCGAAACGCGAUUGAAGUUGUCGCUGACGAUAUUUGUUUUCUUGAGUUUGUUUUGCAUGCUUGCACCUUGGUAACCUAUCCUCGCUUGUUGUGAUAAUUAUGCUUGUCGUUCGUCGUACAUAGUGGACCAUUAUUGAUUAUUGUAUUUGAGUAUUCUAUGUACAUACAUGGUGGUGAUGUUAUGCUUCCGUAAUAUGACGAGGUUGCGAUAAGAUUACGCGGGGCUAG